UCCGCAUUUUUCACCGGACACCCCGAACCUUUUUCGCUUUUUAUUUGACCUCCUCUAUCACUUCCUCUUUCUCUUUUUCUGUCUAAAUUACCUUCAAAUGAAGCCAAGAACAAUACACAUUGCUUAUAGUAAUGGGUUUUAGUUUCCCUCCCCCUUCCAACAAAGCAUAUUCCCAGUUUCACAUUACAAAAAGUAAGAAGAGAGAGAGAGAGAGAGAGAGAGAGAGAGAAAUUGGGCUACAUUACAUUUCCGUUCUUGGGUAGUAGCAGUAGCAACGAGAAACAAGAAGGGAGGAAAAAGAUAGUAAUAAUAGUAAAUUGAUGAAGCCCAUCAUCUCCUCCCACCUCGACGCCCCUCCUCCCAUGGCGUCGUCUUCUUCCUCCUCCUCAUCCGCCGCCGCCGCCGCGUCCUCCUCCUGCUCGGCCGGCGGCGGCGGAGGAAACCCUAAGCCCAAGCCGGAGAAACCCCCCUAUAACCACCCCUACCACCGCCUCCUCCCCCGCUGGCACCACCACCAUCACCAUGUCCCGUCUCUCUCCAAGCUCUCCAUUUGGUCCUUCUUCGCCCUCGCCCUGUUCCUGGCCCUCUUCCUCCUCUCCCCCAAACCCCACGCCCCUUCUUCGUCCUCCUCCUCCUCCUCGGCGGCCCGCGAGGAGCGCCGCCGCUCCCUCCGCGCCGCCGCCGCCGCCGGGGCCUGGGAGCGGAGCGUGCGCGCGUCGGCUGCCCCGCGGCGCGGCGCGCCGGGCGGCCUCUCGGUGCUCGUCACGGGCGCCGCGGGCUUCGUCGGGUGCCACGCCGCCGCCGCGCUGCGGCGCCGCGGCGACGGGGUCGUGGGCCUCGACUCCUUCAACGACUACUACGACCCCUCCCUCAAGCGCGCCCGCGCCGCGCUCCUGUGGCGCGCGGGGGUGUUCGUCGUGGAGGGCGACAUCAACGACGCCCCGCUCCUCCGCAAGGUGUUCGACGCCGCCCCCUUCUCCCACGUCCUCCACCUGGCCGCCCAAGCCGGGGUGCGCCACGCCCUCAAGAACCCCUCCUCCUACGUCGCCUCCAACGUCAACGGCCUCGUCUCCCUCCUCGAGGCCUGCCGCUCCGCCGAUCCCCAGCCCGCCGUCGUCUGGGCCUCCUCCUCCUCCGUCUACGGCCUCAACACCCGCACCCCCUUCUCCGAAUCCGACCGCACCGAUCGCCCCGCCUCCUUAUACGCCGCCACCAAGAAGGCCGGCGAGGAAAUUGCCCACGUUUACAAUCACAUCUACGGGCUCUCCAUCACCGGCCUCCGCUUCUUCACCGUUUACGGCCCCUGGGGCCGCCCUGACAUGGCCUACUUCUCCUUCACCCGCGACAUCCUCCGCGGCAAGCCCAUCACCGUCUUCGAGGGCCCCGGCCACGCCACCGUGGCGCGCGACUUCACCUACAUCGACGACAUUGUGCGUGGCUGCCUCGCCGCCGUCGACACCGCCGGGAAGAGCACGGGGAGCCGGGGCAAGAAGCGCGGGCCCGCCCCGCUCCGGGUCUACAACCUCGGGAACACGGCCCCCGUGCCCGUCGCGGAGCUCGUCACGAUCUUGGAGCGGCUCUUGAAGGCGAAGGCGAUAAGGAAGGUGGUGAAGAUGCCGCGGAACGGCGAUGUGCAGUUCACUCAUGCCAAUAUUAGUUUGGCGGAGAGGGAGCUCGGGUACCGGCCCACAACGAAUCUGCAUACCGGGCUCAAGAAGUUCGUGCGGUGGUAUCUCGAUUACUAUGGUAAGAAGAGUGGCAGGCACGGCGGGGCCGGCAGCAUCAGCGCAAGCUGAGGUUGCGGCACCGGCAGCUUCAUAAGGUGGUCAGGGAUAUUACUAACUCUUCCUCCCAUUCUUCUACUUGUUCUUCGAAUUAUGGAAUUCUUUUCCUCGUAUUUGAAUUUAGUUGGCUACAGUUAGUACUGGAUUGCUUGUUCCUCGCAUUUCUUAUGUUUCGUCGGGUGUAUCUAUAGUAGUGCUGCAUUGUUAGAUGAACGCGGUGGAAGAUGGAAGUGAAGAGGGGAUGUGGGUCUGGCAUCGGCAAGGGUGGUUUUUUUUUUUCCUUUUAUUUUUUCUUCCCCACGCCCCCACUCGUGAAGUUUGCAGGACAUUCAUGAUUUAGUACUAUGAAGAGGAUGAAGCACGCAUAAGGUGUCAUGUUUUUUUUAACUCUUUUUUGAUCCUUCUUAUGUUCACGGCAGCAUUAAUUGCAGGCGCUGUGUCGCGAUCUAUGUGAUGAAUAUUUAGCAUUCAUGCUGUACAUGACUAAUUCGAGAAAAACAUGCUAAUUGACGGACAUCUUGCCGUGUAAAUUUGUAAUGAGAGCCACGACCGAUGGCUUUUGGUUUUGUUGCUUCUGUUUUUAUUAGCAAAGAAGAGUUGAGGCUUUUUGGUUCUUUUGAA